AUGAACAACGACAAAGUGGACAUAUCGAUAUUUCGAGAAGAAGAGGGUCGCUACUUAGCAUCGUCACUCGGUGAUCCAUUGAUCAGAGGUCUGACAGAAGUCGCCAAUAAUCGUCCAAAAGAUCCAGUUACUUAUCUGGCUACUUAUUUGUACAAUUUUGCCAAUAAAAGCAAGAGCAGCCCGCAGGAACAGGUAUAUCUUCAGGAACCUAAUGUAUUGAUCAUUCCUGAUCGUCCCGAAGGAAACAUAGAGAAUAUCGAAAAUGAGAAUGGAGAUGAGGAUGCUGGUUAUCCACAAAGUCCGGGUUCCGAUGUACCAGAAUCAGCUUUUAGCAAUCCUAAUAGAGAUGAGCAUGGACAAAGCGUUAUUCAUUUCGCUGCCAUUAGAUCUUAUCCAAAGGACGGCUUGUUCCAUCUACUUCAAGAAAGUCAAGUUAACGUUGGCUUCAGAGACGAAUUGUACAGGACGGCUAGAGAUGUAGCUGAAUUGGCAAAUAUUAGAGAAAAUAUCGACGAAAUUGAUCGUUACGUGGCUUAUUUAGCAGCAAGAGGUGAAACAGAAAAAUUAGUAGAAUUAUUAUUAGAAGGAUACGAUCAUAUUUUGGAUGUAGAAGAUGAAGGCGUGAAUAUUGUAAAUAUUGCUGCGGAACGAGAACGAGAAGCAACUGUACAAUUUUUACAAUCUAUUCCAAAUUAUGUGACGCAACGCGAAGAAGUGCAUCAUGAAAUCAGAACAGGCAAUGUAGCAAAAGUGAAGGAAUUAUUAAAUAAAAAUAAUGGUGGAGGGAAACUAUUGGCAAUGGGAAAGAAUUCAAUGAGUAGAUGCGCCCUUCACAUUGCAGUACUUCGUGAAAAUAUAGAACUGGUCCAAUACAUUGCGAGAACGUAUCCGGAAACUUUACGUAUCGGUGACAAUUUGGAAAGAACAGCUUUACAUUAUGCAAUGGGUUUACUAACUGUUGAAGAAUUAAGUAAUAUUCUUAUCAAAGCGGGUGCAAAACGUAUAGUGAAGGAUUUAAAAUCACGGCAACCUUCCUAUUAUUUCAUGAACAAAUCAGAUAUAGAGAGACUUCAAGAAGAAGAAGAAAGUAUGAUCAAAUAGAUCCAUUGGACGAUGCUAAUCACCGUGUAAUUGUUCACUUACACCUUUAAAUAUUUGUGUGUAUGAAAUAUGACAUACAUUGAGAAAGAAUAAAGUGUAUAUUCAGCAGAAGAUAAAAUAAUUAUAUGUGCCACUUUCUAUGUCCUCUUGUGUAUUGGAAUUAUUCUAUUUGAUCAAUCUUUGAUAUUCUUUUUCUCAAGGUAUGUCUAAUGUAACGAAUGAAUAGAAGCACUCUCCUGAUCCCGUGUAAAAAUUACGAUUAUAUAAUGAAUCUACGUCAUGUAAUAUACAUUACAGUAUUAAUAAUACAAAUAAUAAAAAUAUUCAGUUUUUCCGUA